AUGAGUAAUAACGGGUUAGUUAGUGAGAGUGUGGCGGCAGCCCUAAAUGUAGAGCUUAUUUCUUACGUUGUUGGUCGCCAUAACCUUAGCGGAGAGGACAGUCAAGGUGCUAACUCCGACAAUGAAGUGGAGUUGAAUACGCAUAAGGGGCUUGAAGGGUUAGGCCUAUUGCUGGGUUUGCGAUUGUCGGAACGACUCCUAUAUCGUCAAUCAUCUUUUGGUGAGUGGACUCCUCCAGGUGUAACGCAUUUUGUUGCCCGACAAUUUUGGAAGGCUGCUUUUGGGAAAAAAAUAGAUAGGAUGAUGCAUAUGAAUGACAUUUAUUUUUGUCUUAUUGACAAAAAUUUUCGAUGGCUUGAAGGCUUCCCUAAGGUAAAAGGAGAUCGCAUAAUUUCCACAACGGUAUUGUUACCCUCCGCUUACUCAGAGGAAUCUGUAACCAAGGAGGAAGGUGGCUCAACUCGGGAUGAAAGAGUAGGAAGUAUGCCAAUUCACAAAGAUGUUUUGAUUUAUACUGUUGGCAUACUGAAAGGCCUUAUUCGCGUCAUGUACCCUAGUGGACAUCUUGCAAUUCAUGCUAACCUGAACAACGAAAACGAAACUCAGUUUGUGCUGGACUUUAGAACUCCUACUCUAUAG